AUGCGCUGGACAAUGCUGUGUGAGUCAGACGCACGUAUGGCACUUGCGGAACCAGUCCCUACGGCUUAUUUUAAUUCGGAUCCUCAAGGGAACUGUGAGGCGUCACUGGAUGAUGUGCGGCUCAACUCUUCAACUAGAACUGUUGAGGUCCCCAACAUUGAGACAGUUGAAGACACGAAGACAGAGGGAUGUCGGAUAGACACGUGUGGUUUCAAAGCCUCUUCGCCUCCUGCCUCCAGUGUGUGGACAACACGACGGGACGGCGAGGUCAGGCUGAGGAUGGAUGAGCGGGGCAUAGGCAGCGAGGCACCGAAGACUGUUCAUGAGCUGUUCCGGGAAGCUGCUAAUAAAUAUGGAGAUUAUUAUGCCCUUGCAUCCAAAAAGGGUGGCCAGUGGAUAAAACUAACAUACAAGAUGUACUAUGAUGAGUGCUGGAAAGCAGCCAAAAGCUUUCUGAAGCUGGGACUAGAGCGUUUCCAUGGAGUGUGCAUCUUGGGAUUUAAUUCUGCAGAGUGGUUUAUUGCUGACAUUGGCGCUAUCCUUGCAGGUGGAUUUGCUGUUGGUAUCUACACUACAAACUCUCCUGAGGCCUGUCAUUAUGUAGCAGAGAACUGUAGCGCUAACGUGGUGGUUGUGGAAAACCAUAAACAGCUGCAGAAAAUCCUAGAAAUUCAGCAUAAACUACCUCAUCUGAAAGCAAUUAUCCAGUAUGGGGAAGAGCUAAAAGAGAAGAGGCCAAAUCUGUACUCUUGGAGCGAAUUCAUGGACCUUGGCAAAGACGUUCCAGAUGCUCAGCUCCGUGAAAUCAUUGAGUCGCAGAAGCCUAACCAGUGCUGUACACUAAUAUAUACCUCGGGGACAACUGGACAGCCAAAGGGAGUGAUGCUCAGUCAUGACAACCUGACGUGGACGGCGGCAGCGGCAGGGCGUUUCAUAAUGCUGACGGAUGCUACAGAGAAGCAGGAACUGGUGGUCAGCUAUCUGCCCCUCAGCCACAUCGCUGCACAGAUGUCAGAUAUUUGGUCGGCAAUGACAUUCGGCGUACAAGUUUUCUUCGCUCAGCCAGAUGCGUUAAAGGGCACCUUGGUGGACACCCUGCGGGAAGUGAGGCCAACUGCUUUUUUGGGAGUUCCUCGCGUCUGGGAAAAAAUGGAAGAAAAAAUGAAAUCCAUAGGCGCAAAAUCAUCAGCGCUCAGAAGAAAAGUUGCAUCGUGGGCCAAGGGAGUCGGUUUGCAGACAAACCUGAAGCGGAUGAACAGGUAUUCUGAAGUCCCGGUGAAUUUCCGCUUAGCCAGGCACUUGGUGUACAAGAAAGUGCGAAAGGCCAUUGGGCUGGACCGGUGCACCAAGUGCUACACGGGGGCUGCUCCCAUUACCAGAGAGACGCUGGAAUUUUUUUUAAGUCUCAACAUCCCUGUGUUGGAGCUGUACGGCAUGAGCGAGAGCUCGGGGCCUCACACGAUCUCUCUACCUCACGCAUUCAAGCUUACCAGCUGUGGAAAGGAAGUCACGGGCUGCCGGACGCUGAUUCAUAAGCCAGAUGGAGAUGGCAACGGAGAGAUUUGCUUCUCGGGCAGACACAUCUUCAUGGGCUAUUUGAACAUGGAAGAAAAAACCAAAGAGGCGAUUGAUGAAGACGGCUGGCUGCACUCAGGGGACCUUGGCAAGCACGAUAAGGAUGGAUUCCUCUACAUCACUGGCAGAAUUAAAGAGCUCAUCAUCACUGCAGGAGGUGAGAAUGUUCCUCCCGUUCCCAUUGAGGAUGCUGUAAAAGACGCUGUUCCCAUCAUCAGCAAUGCAAUGUUGGUUGGAGACAAAGCAAAAUUCCUUGCUAUGCUUCUGACGCUAAAGUGCAACACAGACACAGAAACGGGUGAGCCAGGAGACGAACUCACCCCAGAAGCUGUUGAAUACUGCCAGAAACUGGGCAGUAAAGCCACAAAAGUCUCCGAAAUCAUCAGCAGCAAAGACAAGGCCAUCUACGCGGCUAUCCAGAAGGGAAUUUCAGCAGUCAACGAGGGAGCGGUAUCGAAUGCUCAGAAAGUCCAGAAAUGGGUCCUUCUUGAGAAGGACUUUUCUCUCUUUGGUGGGGAGCUCGGCCCAACAAUGAAGCUGAAGCGAUCGGUGGUGGCGCAGAAGUACAAAGACCAAAUCGCUCAGUUUUAUGCGGAUGCAGAUACGGUGACCACAACGGAGAACGCUCUUCGGCAGUAG